AUGACAGUGGAACCAUCAUUCAUGUUGUAUGAAGAACGAAUUCGUGAAGGGGACACCGUCAUCGUGUAUGUCACAUAUGGACAAAUGGUACCUACUGUCGUUAAAAGAGGACAGACACUCAUGAUGAAAUAUGGAGCUCUGAGACAUGAAUUCAUUAUCGGAAAAAAGUGGGGUCAACGUCUAUCGGCCACUGCUGGAUACGUCUAUAUUCUCCGCCCGACAUCGGAUCUAUGGACACGAUCACUGCCACGUAGAACACAAAUUUUGUACACAGCUGACUGCGCACAGAUUUUGUCGUUGUUGGAUGCGAAACCUGGAUCGGUGAUUUGCGAAUCAGGUACUGGAAGUGGAUCACUCUCUCAUGCCAUUGCUUUAACAGUUGCUCCGAGUGGGCAUCUAUACACGCAUGAUAUUGAUGAGACAAGAACAAGUAAAGUUCAGGAGGAAUUCCAGACCCACGGUCUGUCCUCUGUCACUACUGCCGUCGUCCGUAACGUGUGCACUUCUGGAUUUCAUGUUGAGAAUUCAGCUGACGGUGUCUUCUUGGAUGUUCCAGCUCCAUGGGAAGCUAUUCCAUUCGCUGCUAAAUCUAUUUCCCGUGUUCGCGGUGGUCGUCUUGUCUCGUUCAGUCCAUGUCUCGAACAAGUACAACGAGCUUGCUUGGCAAUGGCAUCUGCCGGUUUUGUUUCAAUCGAAACGAUUGAAUUGGUACCGGAACAGAAAAAGAUUGUGACUCAACAUCGUCAGAGUUUAGAAGAAUUCGAAGAGAUCGGAGAUGCGUAUCCGAAAGAAAGAAAAAGGAACGCAGACGGAGAACUGGUGGAGAACACUGAACGUGUAUCCACUGCCAUCGUAUAUCCAUAUUCCCAGCCAACUCACACUGGAUACCUGACUCACGCUACACUUCUACCUGUUCUGGAAUAA